GCAAAACAAGGACUAUCCUCGUCGAACAAGCUCGAAAGCAAAUCCGGGCGGAACGACCGAUGGAUUCGGGGAUCGAGCCGGGUGCUUUGGAGCGUCUCUCCCCCUUCUGCUUCCUCUCCUUCUCUUUCCCUAACCCUCACCCCGGCCCCUACGGCGAUCCCCUCCGUGUCGCCGUCCUCGACUCCCCUCUCCCACCGCCGCCUUCUCAGCCGCCCGCCAUCGCCGCCAUGCUUGUCCCUCUCGGCCGCGAGCACGACUGGAUCUUUUCCACCCCCGCCGGACACCUCCAGCUCCUCCUCUCCUCCUCUCCUCUCUCCCGCCUCGUCCUCGUCGGCGACCAACCCUCCCCCUUCCCCCAGCCCUACUCCCGCCCCGGACCGAAUCCCGACAGGGGCUCGCUCCUCCGGUUCCAGCAGAGCCUCCUUCCCCUCCUCCUCGCCGUCUCCCCCAGGGCCGCCUUCCGGCAUGGCAUCCCGGAGAUCCCAUUCCUGUCGUUCGAAGACGAAGUGCUGUCCGGCGUUCCGGUGGAGGCGCUGGAGGGCCCCGCGGUCGGGGAGAUGCUGGUGGAGGACGUGGAGAUUGACCGGUCCCCGGCACCGCCGGAGCGCCGGAGGCGGCUGCGUUUCCAGCGGAAGCCGAAUCUGGUGCAGACCCAGGUACGGCUCCUCCCCCAUUCCUCGAAUGUUGGGAUCUUUCGGCCGGAGACGGGCUCCUUGGUGCAGCCCUACCUCGGGCCCAUGGUCGCCGGCCUCUCCCUGAUCGCCCCGUCGAUCGGGGAGCGAGUCCGAUCGGGGUCGAUGCCCCGGGCUCUGUGUGUUGGGGUCGGCGGCGGGGCUCUAUUGAUGUGCCUGAGAUCAAAGUUGGGUUUUGAUGUGUUGGGAGUGGAGGCCGAUGACGUGGUUCUUGACGUUGCAAGGCGGCGUUUUGGAUUGGUCGAGGAUGAUUUCCUUAAGGUUUGUGUUGGCGAUGGAAUUGGACUGAUCGAGAGCUUUGCCCGAGAAAGGACGACGGCUUGUGGUGGUUUGGAAGACGGGCAAGUUUUGGAUCGCAUCGGCGGUGCAGUGAUAGAGAAAUUGGGAGAUCCUUCUUCUGGUUUCGAUGCCAUUAUGGUGGACUUGGACUCUGGAGAUGCUAUGAGUGGUAUCGGUGCACCGCCUUUGGAGUUUGUUCGGAAGGAUGUUCUUUCGGCUGCGAGGUCGGUUCUUCAUGACCACGGAAUUGUGGUAGUAAAUGUCAUUCCUCCGGAUGGGUGCUUCUAUAAAGGGUUGAUUGAUGCUUUCCGCCAGGUUUUCGCUGAAUUGUAUGAAUUAGAUGCUGGCAAUGGUGAGAAUCAUGUCCUUGUAGCCUCCGCCUCGCCGGUUGGAGCAGCAGCAAGUGAUACAGGGGAUUCUUUUUCUGAAAAAUUGAACCAAGUUGUCGACGAAAGAUACAUCAGUGGUAUAAAGAAAAUCUGAAAUUUGAUGAGAUGCGAUCGGCUUGUUUCUUCAGGAGAGGCUUCUGCUUUUAGUUUAGUUGUUCGCUACCGAAAUAUUUGGUUGCAGAUGCUCUUGUAUACCUUCUUCAUCAUAAGUCAUGCAUUGAAGUUUAUAAAAUACUACUCUACUCUGAUGAUGACAAAA